AUGUCUGAAACAAAUAGCUCGAGAGAAAAUAUGCAAAGUGAAAGAGAAAAGGCACUUGCAGGACUUCCAUAUUUGGCUUAUUCCGAAGAAUUAAUUAAUGAUCGAUUAAAAACCAGAGAAAUCCUUUAUGAAUAUAAUAAUUCCAAACCAGCUCGUGUUGGUACUGUUGAAUAUCGUGAAGGUAGAGAAAAAAUGAUACGGCAAUUAUUUGGUAGUGCUGGUGAGAAUGUUGAAGUUGAACCGCCAUUCUAUUGUGAUUAUGGAUACAAUAUUUAUGUUGGGGACAAUUUUUAUUGUAAUUUUAAUUGUACAAUAUUGGAUUGUAAUAAAGUCGAAAUUGGAGAUCGUGUUUUAUUUGGUCCAAAUGUUUCCCUUUAUCCCGCAACUCAUCCUAUAGAGCCUGAAGAAAGGGCUAAAGGUCCUGAAUUAGCUUUUCCCAUAAAGAUAGGAAAUGAUGUAUGGAUUGGUGGUGGCGUUAUUAUUUGUCCUGGAGUUACCAUCGGGGAUGGGGUUACUGUUGGCGCGGGUUCUGUGGUUACUAAAAGUGUUCCGUCAUAUGUAGUCGUCGCCGGUAAUCCUGCUAAAAUUAUUAAACAUAUAGAAAGGAAAACGGAC